AUGCUUCGAAGGACAUUAUCUACACUGACAGCUGGGAAUGAACCAGUAAUAUACGAUGUUAUUGUAAUUGGUGGUGGACACGCCGGUUGUGAAGCUGCCACUGCCGCUGCAAGAUGUUCCGCUCAUACGUUAUUGUUGACUAGUAGAAAGGAUACAAUCGGCGAAAUGUCAUGCAAUCCAAGUUUCGGUGGAGUUGGGAAAGGGCAUCUUGUACGCGAAGUGGAUGCAUUGGAUGGACUUUGUGGAAGAAUUUGUGAUAAAUCAGCCAUAAACUAUCACGCAUUGAAUUCUUCACAUGGACCAGCUGUGCUGGGCCUUCGAGCACAGAUUGACAGGAAACUGUAUAAGAAACAUAUGCAACAUGAAAUCCUAAAUUGUACAGAUGGUUUGGAUGUAAUGGAGAAAGCAGCUGAUGAUCUAAUUAUCAAAUAUGAGGAGGGAGGAAUUCCGCGAGUUGUUGGAGUUGUAGCUGACGGUCAGGUUCUAAAGACAAAGACGCUCGUAGUGACAACGGGAACAUUUUUAGGCGGAAAACUUUUCCGAGGAUCAGAAAGUUAUGCUGCUGGACGUCUGGGUGAGAAGGCUAGUUCAGGACUUUCUGAAACCUUUAAGAGACUUGGUUUCAAGCUCGGACGUUUCCGCACAGGUACUCCAGCACGUUUAUUUAAGAAAACAAUAGAUUUUAGCAAAUUUUCUGUACAGCAUCCAGACCAGAAACCGAUUCCAUUUUCAUUCUUAACGGAGCAUAUUUGGCUUCCUUAUCACCAACAACUACCUUCAUAUUUGGGUUUCACAAACAAACUCCUUGCCGAAGUGGUACUUAAACAUUUCAACGAAUGCAAUUAUAUUCGUAGUGAAGCAAACGGCCCGCGUUAUUGUCCAUCUCUUGAAUCAAAAGUUAUCCGUUUCCCUCAUCUUAACCACAGGAUUUUUUUAGAGCAUGAAGGCUUAGAUUCUGAUUUAAUUUAUCCGCAAGGUAUGUCGAUGACAUUUGCGCCAGAAGUGCAGCUUGAAGUAUAUCGUUGCAUACCAGGUUUAGAAAAUGUCGAAAUGUCGGAGGCUGGCUACGGCGUUGAAUAUGAUUAUAUUGAUCCAAAGCAGCUUAAAUCAACUUUGCAAACUAAGACUGUGGAAGGUUUAUUUCUCGCAGGACAAAUUAAUGGCACCACGGGAUAUGAAGAGGCUGCAGCACAAGGCGUUGUAGCUGGAAUAAAUGCAGCAGCAUCAAGUCAAAAUAAAAAACCAUUUGUUAUCGACAGAACGGAAGGUUAUAUUGGUGUAUUAAUUGAUGAUUUGACCAGUCUUGGCACUUCAGAGCCGUACCGAAUGUUUACUUCCAGAGCCGAACUAAGGCUACAUUUGCGACCAGAUAAUGCGGACAUGAGAUUGACGAAGAAGGGUUAUCAGCAUGGAGCUGUAUCUGAGCAUCGAUAUUAUCACUUCUUAAAAGUACUAUCUGCUUAUAAUGAAACUCAAGAUUUGCUAAAAUCUGUCAGAUAUCCGAUGAAUUUUUGGAAAAAAUCUAUACCACGUUUAGAAAAUGCUCGGACGUCAGAAGCAUACAGUGCGUUUGAUUUAUUGUGUCGUUAUGAAAUAGAUUUCACGGAAAUUCGAAAAGCAGCACCUGCUGAGCUAGAAAGAUUGUUGGAAAAUGAGGAAAUAGAGCGUCGGUUGAAGAUUGAAGCAUUUUAUCACUUUUAUCUGGAUAAGUCGUUGGCAAAGAUGGAAAGGAUACGUAAAGAAUGUGCUACUGUUAUUCCGGAUGAUUUUGAUUAUUCGAAAAUGAAGUCUACUUCUGCAGAAUGCAAAGAAAAGUUUGAGUUUUGGAGGCCUCGAAAUCUUGCUGCAGCAUCCAGAGUCCCUGGUGCAACGACAGAGGCUUUAAUGGAACUACUGAACUUUUUGAAGGCUCCGUAA